UUGACUUUCGACGCAGACAUCGCAGGAUUCAUGUUUGCUUCUUAAAUAUACAGACAGGACAUUCACUUAAACAAGUAAAACUUGAACUCUUUCAGUACUAGACAUUUUUAGGUAAAACAAAAUGAGGGGAUUUCAUAAUGAUUUGCCAGAUGACCUUCCAGAGGACUUCUGGAUACCCGUCACUCUGCCCAGCAAAAACUUCACAUCCUACAGUCCAUUUUUGGUUCCUCAGGACCACUUGGGCGGUUCGGGCAUGUUCUACGCCAUGGCAGGAUUCAUGUUGUUUGUGUUUGUGGUGGGUACUGGCAUCAACAUGCUCACCAUUGCGUGCACCGCCAAGUACAAGAAGCUGCGGUCUCACCUCAACUACAUCCUGCUGAACUUGGCCGUCGCCAACCUCCUGGUGUCCUGCGUGGGCUCCUUCACUGCCUUCUGCUCCUUUGCAUCAAGAUAUUUUAUCUUUGGGGCUCUAGCAUGCAAGAUUGAAGGUUUUAUGGCAACACUGGGCGGUAUGGUGAGCCUCUGGUCUCUAGCUGUUAUAGCUUUUGAAAGAUGGCUGGUUAUCUGCAAGCCACUCGGUAACUUUAUCUUCAAGCCCGACCAUGCGAUGGCUUGCUGCGUAUUCACGUGGGUGUUUGCACUACUUGCCUCAGUUCCUCCACUGGUAGGAUGGAGCAGGUAUAUCCCAGAAGGCCUCCAGUGCUCCUGUGGACCAGACUGGUACACCACAAACAACAAAUACAACAAUGAAUCCUAUGUGAUGUUUCUUUUCUGCUUCUGCUUCGCUGUUCCGCUUACCACCAUCAUCUUCUGCUAUAGUCAGCUACUUUUUACACUAAAAAUGGCAGCAAAGGCUCAGGCUGAGUCUGCCUCCACUCAGAAAGCAGAGAGGGAGGUGACCAGGAUGGUGGUGGUCAUGGUGAUGGGCUUCCUUGUGUGUUGGAUGCCCUAUGCCUCCUUUGCUCUCUGGGUUGUGAACAACCGGGGGCAGCCUUUUGACCUUCGACUGGCCACCAUACCUUCCUGCUUCUCAAAGGCUUCUGCUGUCUACAACCCGAUUAUCUACAUACUGCUUAAUAAACAGUUUCGCUCGUGCAUUCUGAUGAUGCUUGGUAUGGGUGGAGGUGAAGAGGAGUCCACCACAUCACAGUCGGUGACUGAAGUUACCAAAGUUGGACCUGCUUAGACAGAGCAUCAACAGAAAAAGGGCAAAGCACAGUUGAUUUGUGAAUUGAUCUGUGAACUGUAAAUAACAGUAAAGGAAUGUGUGCGUGUGUGCGUGCCAAUAUGCAAGUCAAGUGAGACAGAAAUAGUUGGUGAAGUCCAAAAUAAUAAUAAAAAAAGGCAACAUGUUUGAUGUAUCGUGUUAAUUGUCUACACAAAAAGUGUGAUUAUGUGGCAAAUCUAUAUAUUUAAAAACUUCCGGUAC